AUGUUCAACAUGCUGAUCAUGUGUACGAUCCUCAUCAACUGUGGAUUCAUGACUCUCAGCAAUCAACCUGAUUUCGCCAAACAAGUAGAGUACACAUUUACUGCAAUCUACACCUUUGAAUUCGUUGUUAAGGUUUUAGCAAGAGGGUUCUGCAUAGGGAAGUUCACCUUCUUGAGAGAUCCUUGGAACUGGCUGGACUUCUGUGUCAUUGUUCUGGCGUAUGUAACUGAGUUUGCCGACAUCGGAAAUCUUUCAGUUCUUCGUACAUUCAGGGUGCUCAGAACAUUAAAGGCGAUUUCAGUGAUACCAGGUCUAAAGACAAUUGUCGGUGCGUUGUUCCAGUCAGUGAAGAAGCUUACUGAUGUUAUGAUCCUGACCGUUUUCUGCUUGAGUGUCUUCGCACUUGUAGGAUUACAGCUGUUUAUGGGACACCUGAGGAAUAAGUGCAUAAAAACAACAUUGCGAGCAGCUGGGAAACCCUACAUGAUCUUUUUUGUCCUGGUUAUAUUCCUUGGUUCCUUCUACUUGAUAAAUUUAAUUUUGGCUGUAGUUGCUAUGGCCUAUGAGGAGCAGUGCCAGGUCAACCUAAAGAAAGCUCAGGAGAAGGAGUAUGAAUAUAAUAUAGCCAUUGAGCAGCUAAAACGUCAACAAGAGGAUGCUCAGGCAAUGGCAAAAGCAGCUGCAGCAACCAAUGGAGAUGCUUUGGACAAAGGUGGAGGAACAGAGAGCUCCUCAGAAGUAUCUAAGCUGAGCUCCAAAAGUGCCAAAGAGCGCCGCAACAGGAGGAAAAAGAGAAAAGAGGAGGAAAAAGGAGCCAGGAAGAUAUCUCAUUCAGACUCACUGGACAGCUUACCAGCAAAUCGUUUCCGCUUCUCUGUGGAUGAAUAUCCGCUCAACUCUGACAUGAAAUGUUCAUCUACACACCAGUCCUUUCUAAGUUUCCGUGGACCACUGCUCUCCUCCAGAAGACACAGCAAAACCAGCCUUUUCAGUCUCCAAAGUCAAACACAAGAUGUCGCUUCAGAAAAUGAGUUUGCAGAUGACGAGAACAGCAUUUUUGAAGGCAAACUGAGUUGGAGGGGAUCCCCGCUGAAUGCCUCAAGACGUGAUAGACACAGCAGCAAUGUGAGCCAGUGCAGCUUCUUACCCCAUCUCCGGUUUCAACCCUUUGGGAUCAGGCACAGCUCUAUAGACUGCAAUGGGGUUGUUUCUCUGUUGGACGGGAAUUCAUUUCCUACAUCACUGCCUACAGGGCUUCUUCUACCUAAUCAGAGAAUAGAUACGGCCUCCUCCGGAAACAAUGCUGACACCACAGACACUGAAGGCAAACCGACCAGUGGGGAAAACUACCACAACAGUUUGGAGUUACCCGAGAUGAGACAGAGAGCAUUAAGUAUAGCCAGUGUCAUCACAACCACCAUGGAGGAACUCGAAGAAUCAAGACAGAAGUGUCCUCCUUACUGGUACAAAUUUGCCGACAAAUUCCUCAUCUGGGAGUGUUGUCCACUAUGGCUGAAAAUCAAAGAAAUAGUCAAAAUAAUUGUGAUGGACCCGUUCACGGACCUAGCCAUCACCGUGUGCAUUGUACUCAACACAGUUUUCAUGGCCAUGGAGUUUUAUCCAAUGGAUCCGUGGUUCACCAACAUGCUGUAUGUAGGAAACCUGGUGUUCACAGCCAUCUUUACAGCAGAAAUGGUCCUCAAGGUCAUUGCACUGGACCCCUAUCAUUACUUUCAAGUGGGAUGGAACAUUUUUGAUGGAGUCAUAGUUUGCUUAAGCUUGAUAGAGCUCUCUCUGGCUGAUGUAAAAGGCAUGUCCAUUCUGAGGUCAUUUAGAUUGCUGAGAGUGUUCAAGUUGGCCAAGUCCUGGCCCACUCUUAAUAARCUCAUCAAAAUAAUUGGUAAUUCAGUGGGAGCCUUGGGAAACCUGACCCUGGUGCUAGCCAUCAUUGUUUUCAUCUUUGCUGUUGUGGGCAUGCAGCUGUUUGGAAAACAGUAUAAGGAAUUUGGGUGUAAAAUCUCUGAAGACCGCCCUCUUCCUCGAUGGCACAUGAAUGACUUCUUCCAUUCAUUCCUCAUUGUGUUCCGAGUGCUUUGUGGAGAAUGGAUAGAGACCAUGUGGGACUGUAUGGAGGUGGCUGGGAAAGCCCCAUGUCUCAUUCUCUACAUGAUGGUCAUGGUUAUUGGAAAUCUUGUGGUGCUGAACUUGUUCCUGGCCCUGCUGCUGAGUUCAUUCAGUGCAGACAAUCUGAUGUCUGUAGAAGAUGACAAUGAGCUCAACAAUUUGCAGAUUGCGUUUGAUCGCAUACACAGAGCCACCGCCUUCAUUAAACUGAAAUUUCGAAGUUGUUGCAACGGUUUGUGCAUCAGAGAUAAAAAAACAAGUGAGGACAAAACAUUUGGACAUAAUGGCGUCCCCAAUCAUACCAUUAAAGACUUAACUAAGAACAGUAAUGGUGAAGUGACUGGAGUGGAUAAAAGUGGAAACAAGUACAUCGUCAACAGCAGGAGUGAUGAUUCCAUCAUGUCUUUUAUAAAUAACCCAAGUCUGACUGUGACCGUUCCCAUUGCUGCGGAAGAGUCAGACUUUGAAAUGCUUAACACUGAGGACUUCAGCAGUUUUUCAUCCAACRUACCGGAAUGUCAUAUGGUUGUCGAUGGUGAUGACGAUGACGGACAGUUCAGUGCCUCUGAGGGGAGUACAGUGGAUGGUCUAUCAAACGGAGAGCCUGCRGAGCUUGUACCUGUUGUAGAAGUAAUUAAGGAACCACAUGAUUGCUUUACUGCUGGUUGCAUCCAGAAAUUUAAGUGUUGCCAAGUAAAUGUGAAUGUCGGCUGGUGGAAAAUGUGGUGGACUCUAAGGAAAACCUGUUAUUGGAUAGUGGAGCACAACUGGUUUGAGAGCUUCAUCAUAUUCAUGAUUUUGCUCAGCAGUGGAGCACUUGCUUUUGAAGAUAUAUACUCUGAGCAGAGGAAGACAAUUAAAGUGAUCUUGGAAUUUGCAGACAAAAUUUUUACCUUUAUCUUCAUUCUGGAGAUGCUUCUGAAAUGGAUGGCAUACGGAUUUGCCAAGUAUUUCACAAAUGCAUGGUGCUGGUUGGACUUCCUCAUUGUUGAUGUCUCCCUGGUCAGUCUGGUGGCUAAUGCUUUAGAAUACUCAGAACUUGGUCCAAUCAAAUCUCUGAGAACGCUGCGAGCUCUGAGGCCCCUCAGAGCUCUGUCACGGUUUGAGGGCAUGAGGGUGGUAGUCAAUGCCCUGAUGGGAGCCAUUCCUUCUAUCUUUAAUGUUCUGCUGGUAUGCCUCAUUUUCUGGCUCAUCUUCAGCAUCAUGGGAGUAAACCUAUUUGCAGGGAAGUUCUAUAGUUGUGAAAAUAAAACUUCGGAGAAGACUUUCCUCCCAAAAGAAGUGAAAAACAAAACAGAAUGUGWMAUGUUAGGCAAUAAGACUGCCAUCUGGAAGAAUGUCAAAGUCAACUUUGACAAUGUUGCAAUGGGCUACCUUGCUCUUCUGCAAGUUGCUACAUUCAAAGGCUGGAUGGAUAUCAUGUAUGCUGCUGUGGAUUCUCCAAGCAAAGUAAUAAAAUGUAUCUUGUUUAUCUCAACAUUUCAGAAACAAUCAAUAAGCUCCAUCCCUACAGCAGCUCUUACUGUGAAUGUGCAGGCUAAACUCGAAGAAUCAAGACAGAAGUGUCCUCCUUACUGGUACAAAUUUGCCGACAAAUUCCUCAUCUGGGAGUGUUGUCCACUAUGGCUGAAAAUCAAAGAAAUAGUCAAAAUAAUUGUGAUGGACCCGUUCACGGACCUAGCCAUCACCGUGUGCAUUGUACUCAACACAGUUUUCAUGGCCAUGGAGUUUUAUCCAAUGGAUCCGUGGUUCACCAACAUGCUGUAUGUAGGAAACCUGGUGUUCACAGCCAUCUUUACAGCAGAAAUGGUCCUCAAGGUCAUUGCACUGGACCCCUAUCAUUACUUUCAAGUGGGAUGGAACAUUUUUGAUGGAGUCAUAGUUUGCUUAAGCUUGAUAGAGCUCUCUCUGGCUGAUGUAAAAGGCAUGUCCAUUCUGAGGUCAUUUAGAUUGCUGAGAGUGUUCAAGUUGGCCAAGUCCUGGCCCACUCUUAAUAARCUCAUCAAAAUAAUUGGUAAUUCAGUGGGAGCCUUGGGAAACCUGACCCUGGUGCUAGCCAUCAUUGUUUUCAUCUUUGCUGUUGUGGGCAUGCAGCUGUUUGGAAAACAGUAUAAGGAAUUUGGGUGUAAAAUCUCUGAAGACCGCCCUCUUCCUCGAUGGCACAUGAAUGACUUCUUCCAUUCAUUCCUCAUUGUGUUCCGAGUGCUUUGUGGAGAAUGGAUAGAGACCAUGUGGGACUGUAUGGAGGUGGCUGGGAAAGCCCCAUGUCUCAUUCUCUACAUGAUGGUCAUGGUUAUUGGAAAUCUUGUGGUGCUGAACUUGUUCCUGGCCCUGCUGCUGAGUUCAUUCAGUGCAGACAAUCUGAUGUCUGUAGAAGAUGACAAUGAGCUCAACAAUUUGCAGAUUGCGUUUGAUCGCAUACACAGAGCCACCGCCUUCAUUAAACUGAAAUUUCGAAGUUGUUGCAACGGUUUGUGCAUCAGAGAUAAAAAAACAAGUGAGGACAAAACAUUUGGACAUAAUGGCGUCCCCAAUCAUACCAUUAAAGACUUAACUAAGAACAGUAAUGGUGAAGUGACUGGAGUGGAUAAAAGUGGAAACAAGUACAUCGUCAACAGCAGGAGUGAUGAUUCCAUCAUGUCUUUUAUAAAUAACCCAAGUCUGACUGUGACCGUUCCCAUUGCUGCGGAAGAGUCAGACUUUGAAAUGCUUAACACUGAGGACUUCAGCAGUUUUUCAUCCAACRUACCGGAAUGUCAUAUGGUUGUCGAUGGUGAUGACGAUGACGGACAGUUCAGUGCCUCUGAGGGGAGUACAGUGGAUGGUCUAUCAAACGGAGAGCCUGCRGAGCUUGUACCUGUUGUAGAAGUAAUUAAGGAACCACAUGAUUGCUUUACUGCUGGUUGCAUCCAGAAAUUUAAGUGUUGCCAAGUAAAUGUGAAUGUCGGCUGGUGGAAAAUGUGGUGGACUCUAAGGAAAACCUGUUAUUGGAUAGUGGAGCACAACUGGUUUGAGAGCUUCAUCAUAUUCAUGAUUUUGCUCAGCAGUGGAGCACUUGCUUUUGAAGAUAUAUACUCUGAGCAGAGGAAGACAAUUAAAGUGAUCUUGGAAUUUGCAGACAAAAUUUUUACCUUUAUCUUCAUUCUGGAGAUGCUUCUGAAAUGGAUGGCAUACGGAUUUGCCAAGUAUUUCACAAAUGCAUGGUGCUGGUUGGACUUCCUCAUUGUUGAUGUCUCCCUGGUCAGUCUGGUGGCUAAUGCUUUAGAAUACUCAGAACUUGGUCCAAUCAAAUCUCUGAGAACGCUGCGAGCUCUGAGGCCCCUCAGAGCUCUGUCACGGUUUGAGGGCAUGAGGGUGGUAGUCAAUGCCCUGAUGGGAGCCAUUCCUUCUAUCUUUAAUGUUCUGCUGGUAUGCCUCAUUUUCUGGCUCAUCUUCAGCAUCAUGGGAGUAAACCUAUUUGCAGGGAAGUUCUAUAGUUGUGAAAAUAAAACUUCGGAGAAGACUUUCCUCCCAAAAGAAGUGAAAAACAAAACAGAAUGUGUCAUGUUAGGCAAUAAGACUGCCAUCUGGAAGAAUGUCAAAGUCAACUUUGACAAUGUUGCAAUGGGCUACCUUGCUCUUCUGCAAGUUGCUACAUUCAAAGGCUGGAUGGAUAUCAUGUAUGCUGCUGUGGAUUCUCCAAGCAAAGUAGAAGAACAGCCAGAAUAUGAAGUCAACUUGAAGAUGUACAUAUAUUUUGUUGUUUUCAUCAUAUUUGGGGCCUUUUUUACCCUCAAUCUCUUCAUUGGUGUCAUUAUAGACAAUUUCAAUCAACAGAAGAGAAAGUUAGGAGGUCAAGACAUCUUCAUGACCGAUGAGCAAAAGAAAUACUAUAAUGCUAUGAAAAAGCUGGGAUCAAAGAAGCCACAGAAACCAAUCCCAAGGCCAGAAAACAAGCUUCAAGGAUAUGUUUUUGAUUUUGUCACGCAACAAAUAUUUGAUAUUAUAAUAAUGGUUCUGAUAUGGUUAAAUAUGGUAACUAUGAUGGUGGAAGUCGAAGGACAAAGUAAGGAAUGGGAAACAAACCUCAAGUACAUUAACAUAGUGUUUAUUGUAAUCUUCUCUGGAGAAUGUUUGCUAAAGAUGAUUGCACUUCGCCAGUACUUUUUCAUCAAUGGCUGGAAUAUAUUUGAUUUCAUUGUGGUGAUCCUCUCAAUUGUUGGCAUUUUUCUUGCAAAUGUGAUAGAGAAGUAUUUUGUCUCACCAACCCUGUUCAGAGUGAUUCGACUGGCUAGGAUCGGCCGCGUCCUCCGCCUUAUUAAAAGUGCCAAAGGGAUCCGCACGCUCUUGUUUGCCUUGAUGAUGUCACUUCCUGCCUUGUUCAACAUUGGCCUCUUGCUGUUCUUGGUGAUGUUUAUCUAUGCCAUCUUUGGCAUGGCAAACUUUGCCUAUGUCAAGAAGGAAAAAGGCAUCGAUGACCUUUUUAAUUUUGAGACCUUUGGCAACAGCAUGAUCUGUUUGUUUCAAAUUACCACAUCGGGAGGCUGGGAUCUCCUUCUAGCUCCUAUCCUCAACAGCAAGGACGAUAUCGAUUGUAAUUCUGAAAUGGAGCAUCCUGGUAGUAAUAAUGCUAAAGGAAAUUGUGGAAGUCCAGCAGUGGGAAUCGCCUUCUUUGUGAGUUAUAUCAUUAUUUGCUUCCUUAUUGUUGUGAACAUGUACAUUGCCGUYAUCCUGGAGAAUUUUGGCGUGGCCACAGAGGAGAGCGCUGAGCCAUUAAGCGAGGAUGACUUUGAAAUAUUUUAUGAGGUCUGGGAAAAGUUUGACCCUCUUGCAACACAGUUUGUGAAGUGCAGCAUGCUUUCAGACUUUGCAGAUUCUUUAGCCGCACCAUUACGCAUUCCUAAGCCCAACAAAUUGGAGCUCAUCUCUAUGGAUCUACCAGUUGUGAGUGGUGACCGCAUUCACUGCCUGGAUAUCCUGUUUGCCUUUACAAAACGUGUCUUGGGUGAGAGUGGGGAGAUGGACAUACUCAGGGGCCAGAUGGAGGAGCGUUUCAUGGCUGCAAAUCCAUCGAAGGUGUCGUAUGAACCCAUCACAACCACUUUCCGCCAAAAACAGGAGGACGUGUCAGCUGCUGUUAUUCAGAGAGCUUUCAGACAUUAUACUCGGACCAAGAUUUUUGAUGUAGUCCGUGUUGAUGCUGAAAAGGAUGAACAGCUGACUGACAAAGAAGAUUCUUUUACAGAAAAACCUGUGGAACUCUCUACCACCCAUAAAAUUGAAGUCUCAGGUUUGAAGGACUCUGAGCCUUCAAGUACAAGUGCAACACCAAAUGUGAAUAGAAAACAUGAAAAGGACAGAAGUGAAAAGGAAGUCGAGAGCAAAGACAUCACAGAACAAGACAAAUAAAAAAAAUGGAAGAGCAAAACUGACUUUAGAAAUUAAAAAAAAAACAAUGUUUACAGCUUUUCAAAUGAAAUUCUUCCCUUUGGACUAUUUUGCAGAAAUUGGUAUAAUUACUUAAAGUAUUUUUAAAGACAAACUAAUUAUUGCUUUGAUGACUAUUGCAGCUACUCCAGCUAUACAGCCCAUUGUGCAGUUCUAGUUUUUAUUAGGUGACCUAUUUAUUUUCAAACAGAAUGGUUUAUUGCUGUAUACAUUUAAUUUGUAAGUCGAUUGCCUUUUUAUAAAACCCGUUUUACUUUUAGGUUGAUUCUUUAAAGUUUCAUUUAGAAUUGAUAUUCUGGCUUCAGACAAGCCUUAAUUACUGUGCUAAGGAUGUCUGCUAAAGCCACUUGUAAUUCUGCAUGAAUGUUUCUCUUCAUGGCUAUGCAUGCCAAAGAGUACAGUUUCACCAGGAGUUUAAUUCCAGGCUUUAUGCUGCAAAACUACGGCUGAAAAACAUCAAGACUGCUGAGUUUUUGUGCUGAUCAGUAUCAGGACAGUGACCCUUAAAAAAAAAGGCACUUUUUCUAAUCAUCGAAGACGAUUAUGUCUUCUGGGUUUACAUUAUUGACAAUAAAGAUUAAUCAUGCACAUCUUUAUAAGCAAACGUGUUCUAAAAAUAAAGCAUUUAAUAAAUUUUUAAAUACAAAAAAAGAUCAUCUUGUUUGCCUUGGUAUUUACCUAAAGACAGAUUUCUUGACUGUUGCAGGGAAGCUAAUGUUUUGGGGAAAUUUCACUGUGUUUUGACUGGUCUAAAAUACAGGCUUCUUCAUUCUCUUACUCUUGGUGAUGUAAAUUAAUAUUCUAAUUUAAACAAUCGUAACAUUGUUUGAUAUUAUAAAAUUCCAUUUUAAACAAGGAACUAAAUAUACUGUGUAUGCUGUCUGGUAUGUAAUAAGAUAUUUGGGUAUGAACUAUUCAUAAAAAAUCUCUGUGAAAGACUUCUCGUAGAACUGGGGGUACACUGCAUUUUCCAGUAUAUCUUUCAAACUUUAUCAUAGAAAAUAUCAAAGAUGGACUUGAUGGCUCAGGUUGUUAUGAAGAAUCUCAAGGAAAUUGCAUCACACACGUCAUGUGAUCAUUGCUAUUUCCUGCCUCUGUUUACAUUUUAUAUUGUUGCUUCUCAUGACUGCCACCAUACGUUGUUACCAGAUCUGGUGGGGAAGACAGUAAGGUCCCACUGAUGUAAUUGCUUUUUGCAUGGUGUUUUACACUUUAUACUCAAUGAAAGAGUGUUUUUGUUAUAGAAACUUUUGCUGAUUGUAUAAAUCCAUUCUAUUUGAAAUGCAUAAAGAUACCUGCAUGCAAGAUACUGCUAUAGCACAUUUUAUUUAAAAGGGUAAUGGUUUAAAUAAAGAUUAUAAGUAUAUCAA